UAAUUAUCGUUCUGUCUUUGAUUGAGCCAAUAUUUGUGUAUAUGUCUAAAAACCAGUCCUACAGGACUGCUGACAAAAUAUCAGAUCGUAUUAUUUUUAAUAUUUACGCUCAUAAAUUAUUAUGUAUGGGUUAAAGCAUUAUUAACGCUGUAAGAUUGAAAUUGGUUUUCGGCAGUUUUCCAAAGAUUUUAGAUUUGUUUAAUUGUGAAUCAUCUAACAUGACUAAAUUGAAGGCAUUGAAUGAGCUGACUUAAACUGUAAAAAGGUCAAAACUGCCAAUCUGUGACUGCAGCUUUAAUACCAUCCAAAUUUGUUUAUAUGCCAAAUAUAAUAUGUUUGUUUUAUUUUUAUACAGCACCGCACCGUAAGUAUAAUUGUACAACAUAUUUUGAAAAUAUAUUACAUUCAACAUGACACAAUACUAAUAAAAGAACACAACAAAACAGUUUGAAAUAUAAGACACUAAAAACUGCCAAAAGGCACUAUCCGACAACAGUUUGAAUAUACCCCUACCUUACGCUGCAAGACUAUGAUCUAAAUAUAAUAUUUCAAUGUAAACGGGCAUGGAGGAAAGAAAUAGAAAGAAUAAAAUAUGUUUCCAGUGUUAAUAAGUGUGCUCUUUAUCAAUUUUAAUUGUGCUUUGAUUUCUUUACAGAUUAUAUCGAAGGCAAAGAUAUUAACUUGGGAACUGUCCUACGAAGUAAGUUUCCAGAAGCCUGGAUAUGGGAAACACACACAGUAGGGACAAGUGGUGAAAUUCAUUUGACGCGUGAGAUACCCGACUCGAUGACGUCAUGGAUUACAUCAGUAUUUGUGACAAAUGACCAGAGCGGUUUCGGAAUUGCAGAAAAUAUACCCAAGGUCACUGUACGAAACGAUUUCUUUAUUACGAUGGACCUCCCAGAAACAAUCGUACAAGGAGAAGAAUUCCUUCUGCAAGUUACUGUAUUCAAUUAUCUUCCAAGUACGCAACAGGUCUCUGUCCAAAUUCAACAUUCGGACGACAUGAAUCAUCCUAUACCGGCUGCAAGUCUAACAAUGGUGGACUCAAUAGGAAACACAAUUGAUAGUUUAAUUCGUCUUUCAUUACAAUUAGAGGUAAAUUCCGGAGAAGGUAAAUCUACUUAUGUGCACUUUACUCCAACUUCAACUGGCAGCAUUACAAUAACUGCGGAGGCUAGAGCAGGGGGUCUCCACAGAGCUGCUGCAGUUGAUCAAGUACAAAAACAAGUGGAUGUCGUGCCAUACGGGAUUAUUAAAAGAGAAAACGUUCAGGAACUCGUAAAUUUGACCCAUGGAUCGAGCUCACAUCUUAGCGUGUCUCUACAAGACCCACCGCAUAUGGCCCCGGGCAGUAAAACUGUUACAGUUAAGAUGACCGGGAACUUCAUGAAGCCAAGCAUUGAGGGUCUACAGGGGUUGCUGAUAAUGCCGCACGGUUGUAGGGAACAAAAUAUGGUUGACUUUGCACCUGACGUUUACAUUGCUAAAUAUUUGAAAACGGUUGGACAGCUUACUAAGGAGAUAUAG